AUGGUAUAUUUAACUUUAUUAAAAAUUAAUAUAUGGUUUCCUAUUUUUGUAUUUAUAAUUUUAAAAUAUAAUACAUUAGCAUAUAAUUUAGAUGUUAAUAAUGUUAAAAUAUUUAAUAUUCCUAAAACUUUUAAUAAUCAACGAGGAAGUUAUUUUGGAUUUUCUGUUGCACUUUAUACAGAAGGGCUAGAUUCCAUACUUCUUGUAGGUGCUCCCAGAGCAAAUUCAAGCACAAUAAAAAAUGUAAUUGAACCAGGUACUGUAUAUCAAUGUUCAAUUAAUAAAACCUGUAAGGAAUGGAUUAUUGAUAAAAGUGGAAAUGGUGAAUAUAGUGAGUGGAAUCAAAUUAAAGAUAAUGCCUGGAUUGGUGCAACAAUUGCUAUAGAAAAUAAAACCAAUCCUAGAAUUGUGGUUUGUGGUCCACGAUGGAAAAAAAAAGACAAAUAUAAUUGGUACAUGAAUGGUAUUUGUUACUUGUUAUUAGUUAACAAUAUUAAAUUUUUUGAAAAAGAAGUUGAAAACAAAAUUUUAUCACUUUCAAAUUAUUCGAAUUUUAUAUAUCCAAAUAAUAGAAAAGUUUAUAAUUUUGAAAUGAGUCAAGUUGGUUUUUCAAUGAAUAUGGUAUCUGGAUUAAAAUGGAAUUUAAUAUUAGGUAGUCCUGGUGUAUUUAAUUGGAAAGGCUUACCUUUAUUAGUUAAAAAACCAAUUUAUGGGAAAAUACAAUUUAUAAUUCCGUCAACUAAAAAUGAAAAAAGAAUUCGUGAAAAUAGUUAUUUCGGAUAUGCAGUAACAUCUGGUUAUUUUAUAAAAGGAGAAUUAUGGUUUGCUUCUGGUGCUCCAAAAGAUUCAAAUAUGAAUGGAAGUGUUAUUAUAUUUACUUUUCCUGAAACUAAUAAUGCAAUAAUAAAUAUAAAGAAAUUUUUAAGAGGUGAACAAUAUGGAGAAUAUUUUGGUGCUGCUUUAACGUCAUGUAAUCUCAAUGGCGAUGCUGAAGAUGAACUAAUUGUUGGAGCACCAUUAUGGUCAAGAGAUAUAGAUGAAGGUCGCAUAUAUGUAUAUACUGCUUUAUCUAAUGAAAAUUUUAAAAAACAAUCAUUUGAUGGAAAAAUAUCUGAAAGUAGAUUUGGUUUUACUAUAUCUUGUCUUGGUGAUAUUGAUUAUGAUGGUUAUAAUGAUAUUGCUGUCGGUGCACCAUAUGAAGAAGGGACUGGUGCAAUAUAUAUAUUUAAUGGCAAUAACAAUGGAUUACUUAGACAUUAUAGUCAAAAAAUAAUUGGAAAACAAUUUGGAAAAAAUAUUCGUGGAUUUGGGAUUUCAAUUUCAGAACCUCGUGACAUAAAUGGUGAUAAAUAUCCUGAUAUUGCAGUUGGAGCUUAUUUAUCAGAACAAGCUGUUUUAAUAAAAUCAAAACCUGUUGUAACAAUAACUACACAAUUGAUUUAUGAAGAUAAAAAAUUAUUAAUAAAUUCUUCUUCUUUUUUAAUUAAUGUAUGCACAUAUUAUGAUGGAAUAAAUGCUCCUAAACUCCUUCGAGUUGUUAAAUUUUUGAAAAUCGAUGAAAUAUAUGGAAGGGCUUAUUGUAACAUAGAAAAAAAUAAUAUUAAUAUUUAUAAAUUUUCCGAAACUUUACAUAAAUCUAAAAAUUUAUGCAAGAAUAUUGAAAUACAUUUAAAGGAAAAUAUUCAAAACAUAAUAAAUCCAAUUGAAAUAUCUGUAAAAAUUAGUUUGGAAAAGAACUUAAAUAACAAUGAGAGAAAAUUGAAUUUUUUUUGUACAUCUUGUGCAAUCAUAAAUAAAUUACUUUCUAAAACUGAAGAUUUAAUAAAAUUACCAUUUGCUGUAGACUGUGGUGAAGAUAAUAUUUGUACUUCAGAUGUGAAAAUAUCACUUUCAACAGAUUUAAAGUCUGGUAAUAGAUAUAUCAUAGGAUCUACAUUUACUAUUAAAUUUAAAUUAGAUGUCUUUAAUUAUGAUGAACCUGCAUAUCAAGCUAAAAUAUACAUAUAUAUACCAAAAAUAUUAUCAUUAGCAAGUAUACCAUCUUUAUGUAUAGAAAAUUUUUAUAAAAAUAAUACUUUAGAAGUAAUAUGUGAUCUUGGAAAUCCACUUAAAAAAAACAAAAAAUUAAUAUUAAAUUUGGAUAUGAGUAAAAUUCAAUUUGAUAUUGAUCAUGUACAACUGUGGACCAAUUUUAGUACACAAAGUGAACAAAAAAAUUCAUUCAAUAAUAUAAAUGUUUUUACUAUAUAUUUUGAUACUGAUAUCGAUAUAGCAAUAACAGGGAAAGCCCAACAUGAUCUAUAUUCAUAUUUUCUUGAAAAUGAAGAUAAAAAAUUAAACAGCAUUCAGUUUCAACAUAUUUAUGAAAUUCAGAAAUUUGGUGUUACUCCAAUUAAUGAAGUUAUAUUAACACUUAGUAUUCCAACUUUCUGGAAGCAAUCUAUUGGAGAUAUACAAAUUAUCAAUAUAAAUGACACAACUUGCAGCUAUAUGGAUAAUCAAUUAUUUCAUUGUACCUAUUUAAACUCUACAGUUUCAACUGCUUUAAUUGAUAAUUUUAAAAUUUAUACUGCAAAUACUGAAAAAUACACAUCAAAAAAGUUUAUAACAGAUUCUAAUUUUUCUAUAAAUUUUCCAUCUAAAAAUAAAUCACUUUAUGUUGAUUGUAUAAAUAACAAUGUAAAAUGUACAUAUAUUAAAUACAAAUUGGGCCCAUUUUUAAAUUCUUUGUCUAUUGCAAAAUUUUCACUUAUAUUAGAUUUUUAUUUAUUUAAUUUUAAAUCAAUGAUGGCAGGAAAAGAUAUUAUAUUUUUUCUAUCUAGCGGAAAUGUUAGUAUUUUGGAAUCAGAUCAUAUUAUUCAAAAAAUUGGACAUAAAUCUGAUAAUGUUAUUGUGACUACAAUGUUUUUAAGUUCAUUAAUAACUGAACAAAUUGCUACAUGGAUUAUAAUUUUAUCAAUUUUCUUAGGAAAUUUAUUAUUAAUAUUAUUAAUUUUAAUAUUAUUUAAAAUCGGAUUCUUUAAACGAAAAAAAAAGAGAGAACUUGAAAUAUUAAAAAAACAUAGAAAUAUGUUGGAAACAUGUUCAUCAAUAGAAGUUUUUCAUCAAGAAUAA